UGGGAGCCAAAACCGGAAGCUGAAAUAUGAAAGUAGACAAACAACAACAUGAACGCUCAGAACAGCAACAAAAAGUGUAACCCGUUUGCCAUUAUAAACAAUAUCCCCCGCGAUUAUCAUUCAUCUGAUUUGAGGAACUUCUUUUCACAGUUUAUAGAGACCAAAGGGUUUAAAUGUUUUCACUUCAGACAUCGCCCGGAGGUGCAAUUGCACAAACGUAAGGAAAACGGAGAGGAUGAGAACUGUGAUCAUCAGAAAACUUCCAUUACCAACACAUGUUGCUGUGUUGUUAGCGUGUUUGAAGACAGAUAUGAAGAAUUUUACAAGAUGUACCAUAGAAAACAUUGGUUGGACAGUAAUGGGGAAUCUAUCUCAAAAGUGUGCCAUAUUUCUAGAGUGAAGAUCCAAAACUCAGAUGAUCUGUCUUCAUUUUAUAAAACAAGAGGUGAAUUGAAACAGAUCCCUAGUGACAGGGAAACAUUCUCGGAGGCUGAUUUAAUGAAGUUACCAGAGUUGCAUCCCCCAGCUGCCAUGCCGAAUGGAAAUGUAGGAACUCCAACAUCUAUUUUCAUGGAGGCUAUCAGGCAAUGUAAACUACCUCCAGCAGUGAUCAAGAAAUUGGGACUCAAGUUUCCAAAGACCAGAGUGAAAAACAGAUAUGGCAAUGUUCCUUUCAAUUAUGGGGGUAAGAUAGAAGAGCCUGAAAAUUCUGAAUUUAUGGCAGAGACAGUGUUAUCUGGAAGUGGACACAAACUUGUCAGUGAUGGUGAUUACGAAGAGGAGACGGAGGACUCAGACCUACAAAAUCAAAAAGUACGCAAACGAUUGACCAAGAAAGAUCCAGAGACCAAGAGAAGAAUGGAACUAAACAUUGAGGAGAAUAUGAUUCACAAGGAAGACAAUGAUUCAGAACAUGAUGAUGACAGUUGUGAAGAAUGGGAAAGACACGAGGCACUGACAGACGACCCCACAAACCAGGAGAGGAACAAGGAGCGGCUGUUUGAGGAGGAGAUAGAACUCAAGUGGGAGAAAGGAGGGAGUGGCUUAGUGUUCUACACCGACGCUCAGUACUGGCAGGAGCAAGAGGGGGAUUUUGACGAGCAGACCACAGAUGACUGGGAUGUAGACAUGAGUGUGUAUUAUGAGAAGGGAGUGGGUGACAAGGAUGCUAGGGAUCAUGUGACCAUGAGGCAAGAAAAUCGUCGAAGAGACGGCAAAGAGGCCACAGACAGGUUCACCGCUGGAUUUGGUAGGAAGAGGAAAGUUCAGCCUCCAAAGGAGGAACACAAAAUUGGGAAAUUUGAGACUCAUACCAAAGGAGUAGGAAGGAAGAUCCUAGAAAAACAAGGCUGGCAGGAGGGGCAGGGAUUAGGAUCAACAAUUAAAGGGAUUGCAGAGGCUUUGGAAAAUGAUGGCCAAAAUCCCAGGGACAGGAAAGGAUUUGGGUACAGAGGUAAAAAGCUUGUUAGACCCACAGGAAAAUGCAAGAGAGCUGAGAGAGAGGUCUUGAUAUCUACAGUGUAUGAUGACCACUCCCAGACUGACCCCCAGGACCCACUACUGAGGCGGGGUCACCACUACCACAUCAAGUAUCGAGACAAGGUCGACUUCACAAAGCCACAGGAAAGCCAAGGCUAUAUUGACAAUUAAAAAACUGCAUUAUAUACAUGAACAUAAUUUACA